AUGGCUCAAAAAUCAUCAAAGAUGCAGAAGUUACUAUUUUUGGACAGCAGAAAAGUCAACUGUAUCUUGACCAGGGCAUACCUUUUUCAUGGUUCAUCAGAAAAAUCCCAUCCAAUGCUCAUUUUGAAGGGGAUGACAUUUCCUACAACUCAUCUUCACAUUCCAAGUCCAAUAAAUGCUCUCAUAAAAAGUUAUCAAUUUCUACAUUAUAGCAUAGGGAUUAGUUUUGAUAUAUUAUAUUUAUUGCUUAUCCUAAUAUCAAAGCGUGCAAAUUGGUGGAGUGGUUGGCCAAGUGUUCAGCAUGCGUUGGGACCUGGGUUCGAUUCCCAGGUCCCCCAAAAUAAUUGUUUGCAUUUUUCUUCAUAUGAUCAUGUCCAGGUCUCACAGGAAGGUUCAUCAUACACCUCACAAAUCAUUGCGCCAAGUGGCCUUAUGCACAGAUCUAAUGGCUACAAGGGAAGGAACACCAUGCUCCUGGUCAAAGCCAGCAUGGACAAUUCCAGAAAGUCAACAAGGCUUGAUGUUAAUGGGCUUCAGAUUUCCAGAACUAACCUCCUUAUUGGGCCAUCAACCCCCCCUGAACUGCGCGUAAAACACUCUGAUACAGAAUCAAUAGUUCAUCAGCAGCGAAGCAGAAUCAGAAUGAGCCAAGCCAGAACGUGCAUUGAAGAAGCAACGGUACUGUGCAUUGAACGUCAAUUAAUUCCAACGGCUUCAUUCCAGACAAGAUCUGCUCAAAAAGGAAAGCUUGUUAAUAGCAUUGAAUCAAGAAUAUUUGCUUCAACAAUUGAAAGCUUCUUUCUAGCACAUGAUGCUGAUCUGUGGGAUAUGGUGACAGAUGGAUACACGCACCCUGUGAAUGCAACUGGUCAGAAGAUUGAAAGAAAAUCAAUGACUGAUCAACAAAAGCGUGAUUUCAAGAAUCACCAUAAGGCCAGAACCAUCCUCCUCAGUGCCAUCUCAUAUACUGAGUAUGAGAAGAUCUCCAACAGAGACACAGCUAAGAACAUCUUUGAUUCUCUCAGAAUGACGCAUGAGGGCAACGUUCAAGUCAAAGAAACAAAAGCUCUGGCGCUCAUUCAGAAGUAUGAGGCGUUUAAAAUGGAAGAAUCUGAAUCCAUUGAAACUAUGUUCUCUAGAUUCCAGAUUCUGGUAGCUGGUCUCAAAGUUCUGGACAAAGGAUACUCUACUGCUGACCAUGUCAAGAAGAUAAUCAGAAGUUUACCCAAGCAGUGGAGGCCUAUGGUUACUGCUCUGAAGCUAGCGAAGGAUCUCAACAAAAUCACUCUGGAGGAACUUAUAAGCUCCCUCAGAAGUCAUGAGAUAGAGCUAGAAGCUGAUGAGCCUCAGAAGCAAGUUGAAGAAACAUCUGAUGGAUCCUCAUCAGAAGAAGACGAACUUUCCCUUCUCUCCAGAAGAGUAAAUCAACUGUGGAAGCAAAGACAAAGGAAGUUCAGGAAUCCCAGAAGAUCUGAUCAGAACGAGUCUUCUUCCAGAUACAGAAGGACAGAUUCUUCCUCUGGAUACAGAAGAUCUGAAGGCUCCUCCGGUAGCAAGAAGCCAAAUACAAAAGACAUCAUCUGCUACGAGUGCAAUGAGCAAGGUCACUACAAGAGUGACUGCCCAAAGCUUCAGAGGGAAAAGCCCAAAAAGAAGUUUGGAAGAGAAAAGAAGAAAAGUCUCAUGGCCACAUGGGAUGACUCUGACUCGUCUGAAGCUGACUCAGAAUCAGAUGAUGAAAGGGCGAACAUAGCGCUCAUGGCUAACAUUCCAGAUGAUAGUGAAGCUUCUGACUCAGACUCAGAAUCAGACACAGAAGAGGUAUUCCCUAACUUCGCUGUUAAUUUUACAAAGGCUGAACUUGCUGAAAGCCUCAAUGAAAUUCUGGAACGUUAUCAGCAGAUUAGAGCUAAAUUCAGAGACCUGAAAAGGACUCUUGAAUCUGACUCUAAUAAGUCUGAGAGUCUCAAAUUGGAAAACUCUGAGCUGAGAGAUAAAAUUUCAAAAUUAGAAAACUCUUUACAAAACUCUCAGAAGGUACCAAUUUCUGAAACUCCCAGCGACGCUGAUGAGAUCAUCAAGGAGUAUGAUCAUAGUUUCCAGAAGUUCCUUGCUAAAAGCAUAGAUAGAAGCAGAAUGGCUUCAAUGAUCUAUGGAGUUAGCGGAAACGGCAGGAAAGGAAUAGGAUACCAAGGUAAGGUUCCUACACCUAAGAAUGUCAUGGAUUUAGUUAUUAAACACACUCCUCUAAAUUCACACUUUGUGUAUGGUCACACACAUGACAUCAAAUAUACUAGUAGUAAGCACUCUGUGAAACCAAAAUUCAACCAGAGUUUUGGUAAAACUAACAAAUCAGGACCCAAGAAGAUCUGGGUACCUAAGGAUAAAAUAAUACAUGUUGCAGAUAUCUUUAGCAGCAAGUCAGAAACACCAGUCAUGGUACCUGGACUCUGGUUGCUCACGACACAUGACGGGAAGAAGGCAUAUGUUCCAAAGCCUGGAACUUAA